GCUUCCCUUCCUGCUGCCGGAGCCCGCGCCGCGCCCAGCAUCCGAGGGGAGCAGCCGCUGCCGCACCGCGCUCCGCCACCCGCCGCGCCUCGCCGACACCAUGGCAUCUGGAGUACAAGUUGCCGAUGAGGUGUGCCGUAUCUUCUAUGACAUGAAAGUGCGGAAGUGCUCUACGCCUGAGGAAAUUAAGAAGAGGAAGAAGGCUGUCAUCUUCUGCCUCAGUCCAGACAAAAAGUGCAUUAUUGUGGAAGAAGGCAAAGAGAUUCUGGUGGGAGAUGUCGGUGUGACAGUUACCGACCCUUUCAAGCACUUUGUGCAGAUGCUUCCCGAGAAGGAUUGCCGUUAUGCCUUGUAUGAUGCAAGCUUCGAGACCAAGGAAUCCAAAAAAGAAGAGCUGAUGUUUUUCUUGUGGGCACCAGAACAAGCACCUCUCAAAAGUAAGAUGAUCUACGCAAGCUCCAAGGAUGCAAUCAAAAAGAAGUUUCAAGGCAUAAAGCAUGAAUGCCAAGCAAAUGGGCCAGAGGACCUCAACCGAGCUUGCAUUGCUGAGAAGCUAGGAGGCUCCCUAGUCGUAGCUUUUGAAGGAAGUCCUGUGUAGAUGUCAUACAGUGCCACAACUCUACAAGCAUUCCAUGUUUUAAUAUAUCAGUUAUGUAAAGCAACCAUUCUAGGCAAGGGUUUCACUAACUGUAGGGAAGCUGUCUUGUAGAAUAAAGUAGAUUUUGGAGAUGUAGCUCGUAUGUACAAAUGACCCUAAAUAAAUCAAAUCUAAGGAUUUA